AUGAAGCUGGAGCUCCAAGACGUCGAUUUUGCCGACGGCGGCCAACUCGCCCUCGUACAAGCCGCCGCCUCGGCCAGCGACGACCUCCUACAGGCCCUUCACCCCGGCCUGUCCUUUGACGCGGCCGUCGCGGCGUCCAAGGAGCGCUGGCUCAGCGUCUACGGCUUUGCGCCGUGGCACCACAAAAAGGUCGUCGAUGCGGACACUGGCAAGAUUGUGGCCGUCUCGCGAUGGAUGGUGGAGGAGGCGCAGCUUCCUUUCCUGCCCCCGCGCACAGGUAUCCCAGCAGGGGCUGUUAUUCCACCGAGACAGAGACCCGCGACGCUCGACCUGGAUCUUGCCAUGCGGUUCGGCGAGCAAGCAGGCGCUGUAUUUGAUCGAUGUGUCCAAGAGCGUCCUAACAUGACUCUUGACAUGUGGAGUGUUCUCCCUGAAUAUCGCGAGUCGGACGCAGCCAAUCUGAUGCUAAAAUGGGCGACCAAGUUUGCAGAUGAGCAGAGCAUAGUCUGCUACCUGGAAUCUGGCCCGGCAGAAUCUUCAAUAUAUUUGAAGCAUGGCUUUGAGAGCUUUGAUACUAUUGCGGUGUCGACCCGUGGAGGAGACGUAACCCGAGAGGCAUUGGUGCGAGAUCCCAAAGCUCGCACCGACAUAUAA